GGUGAAGUCAUCAGGACUGGCAAAAGAGGCAACGAGAGCUUUGAGCGCAGCCGGGAAGUUGAAAAGACUCGCUUUUGCAUCAUGAACGCGCCGCCAGCAUUUGAGUCUUUUCUACUGUUCGAGGGUGAAAAAAAGAUAACAAUCACUAAGGAUACCAAGGUACCUAAUGCCUGUUUGUUUACAAUCAACAAGGAAGAUCAUACAAUUGGAAAUAUCAUUAAGUCACAGUUGCUGAAGGAUCCUCAGGUGUUAUUUGCAGGUUACAAAGUCCCACAUCCUCUUGAGCAUAAAAUUGUCAUAAGAGUUCAGACAACACCAGACUACAGCCCUCAAGAGGCAUUUACCAAUGCAAUCACUGACUUGAUUAGUGAGCUUUCCCUUUUAGAGGAAAGAUUUCGGGUUGCUAUUAAAGAUAAGCAAGAAGGAAUUGAAUGAGCCAAAUCCGUGGAAGGAAGAGCUAUCCCUUUAGUGUUGAAAGCAGGCACUCACUCUCUUUUUUGUAGGGAGCAUUAAUGCCUAUCAGCAAGUUAUUGUUUGUGUUUUUUCGUAUGUAUAGAUGAUGUACACUUUUAUAAAUAAAAUUACUUGGCUUAUGUAA